CCUCAGUCUAGUACAAUGAACACGUCAGACACAUUGUCGCUAUGCGAACAAAUCAUAUCCAGAAAACUCAAAACUGGCGAUUUCUUGGUGAUCGAUUUCCACCAAGCCCCUUUCGGACAAGUGAACGGGUUUUUGGGUGACCAUUCUUCACUGAAGAUCACCAUCGAACGAAACUCUGGCCACGAAAAACACACUUUCUUCAUAAAAUCGAUCCCUACAGUGAAAUCCCAGCGCGACUUCAUCCUCGAAAUAAACGGCUUCUUCAAAGAAAAAUUUUUCUUCACGCAGUUUCUAGAUCUAUUGCGAGAACACUCAAUCACCGUUCUAGAUGACACAAUCCCCACUUGCUACUACACAGAUGGGAAAAUUUUCGCCUUUGAAGAUUUAAGCCAAACUGGCUACACCACCCUGUCCUGUAGAACCUCCAUGGACCUAGAAUGUGUGAAAAUCGCCCUCAAAGCAAUCGCUAAACUCCACGCAAGCGCUAUAGUUCUAGAAGAGAAGAAAUCGUUCCGACUCAUAGACGCGUUUUCUGAAGAACUAGCAGAGACUUUCUACUCGGACAAAGAAACGGUGAAGAAGGCGGCAACGUCGUACCGUCACGGAUUUAACGCCUUUAUAGACUUGACCUACAAUCCUAGAAUGAAGAUAUCGAAGACCUUGCUGCGACAAAAAAUUUUGGAAGGGUACGAUCUUCAAAAACAAUUCGUCAAACCGUCCACGACUUUCCGGAACACGUUUCUUCACGGAGAUCUCUGGACCAAGAACAUGAUGUUCAAGUUUGAAGAUGGAAGACCUGUGAAUUGCGUGCUUGUGGAUUUUCAGUCGCAUCGGUACGGGCCGCCGGCGCAAGACGUCGUGGCGUUUCUUCAUCUGACCACUGAUCAAAAAUUUCGCCAGAAGCACAUGGAAGAAAUGCUUCAUUUUUACUACCAAGAGCUUGACCACGUUUUGACAGGGUUUGGGCUCGGGGGGAUUAUCAGUCAAGACGAGUUUUCCACCAGUUGUGACUUUUUCAGACAGUUUGCUUUGACCCAAAAAUGCAUCCAUUUGCAAGUGGUGGCGCUGUCUCAAGAAAUCGCCACUGAGUUACUGGCGGACGAAAAGUACGCAUUUUUCGUGUUGUUUGAAAACAAGUACGACUUUGUUUUUACCGCUUGUGAGAAAGACGAGCUUUAUAAAAAGGUAAAUUUUGAAGCAAUAACCGAACUGAGUCAAUUCUACGAAGACCAGUUAUAAUACAAACGUGAUACU